UGGCUGGCUCUGUCCUUUUACUGGAUCCGUAAAAGAAGCGGAAGUGAGCGGGAGUGAGGAUGCUAGAGGUCUUCAGGUGUCUCAGGAGAGGCGAAGAGGUAGCGGGGCCAAGGAGUCGCUGUGAGUAGUGCUUCGCAACAGCCUCCAAAACUGAAACACGGACAGGACCUUCUCCGCUUUUCAGACCCAGGAAGAUGAGCGAGGACCUGUACCCCGGCGUCGCCGCGGUGGCCGCGCUCCUGGCCGGCGUCGCGCUGUUCGUCGUCCUUAGGCGCAGAGGCUCACGCCGACCCCCGUGCGCCACGGGCUGGAUCCCCUGGGUCGGCGCCGGGCUGCGGUUUGGGAAGGCCCCGCUGGAGUUCAUCGAGCAGGCUCGGGCCCAGUAUGGACCAGUGUUUACAAUCUUUGCCAUGGGAAACCGAAUGACCUUUGUUACUGAAGAAGAGGGAAUCAAUGUGUUUCUAAAAUCCAAAGAAGUAAAUUUUGAACUAGCAGUACAAAAUCCUGUCUACCAUACAGCGUCAGUUCCAAAGAAUAUCUUUCUAACACUGCAUGAAAAACUGUACAUUACAAUGAAAGGGAAAAUGGGGACUUUCAACGUGUAUCAGUUUACAGAGCAACUGAAUGAAGAAUUCCAUGAACAAUUAGAAGAUUUAGGCCCUCAUGGGACAAUGGACCUGAUCAGUUUAGUAAGGCAGCUCCUUUAUCCGGUCACAGUGAACGUACUUUUUAAGAAAGCCAUGUUUCCCUCACACAAGAGGAAAACUGAGGACUUCUGCCAACAUUUUCAAAUUUAUGAUGAAGGUUUUGAGUAUGGAUCCCAGAUGCCAGAGUGGCUACUGAGAAACUGGUCAAAAUCCAAAAGGUGGCUCCUAGCACUUUUUGAGGAAAGCAUUCCAGAGAUAAAAGCAUACAAACCUGAAAAGGCUGAUUCUGUGACAUUAAUGCAGGCUGUGCUGGAUGUGGUAGAGGGGGAAGCAGGUGGGCACAGUGCGAGCUACGGGCUCCUGCUGCUGUGGGCCUCUCUGUCUAAUGCUGUUCCUAUUACCUUUUGGACCCUCGCGUUCAUCCUGUCCCACGCCGAUGUCCACAAGACUAUCAUGGAAGGCAUCUCUUCUGUCCUGGGCGGAACAGGUGAAGAGAAGAUCACAGUAUCAGAGGAUAUGUUGAAGAAACUCUUGCUAAUUAAAUGGUGUAUUUUGGAAGCCAUUCGUUUAAGAGCCCCAGGUGUCAUAACUAGGAAAGUAGUGAAGCCAGUGAAAAUUUUGAAUUACAUAGUUCCGUCUGGUGACUUGUUGAUGUUGUCUCCAUUUUGGCUGCACAGAAAUCCGAAGUAUUUUCCUGAUCCCGAAUCAUUCAAACCUGAACGUUGGAAAGAGGCAAAUUUAGAGAAGCGCACGUUCUUGGACUGCUACAUGGCAUUUGGAGGCGGGAAGUUCCAGUGUCCUGGAAGGUGGUUUGCUCUGUUGGAGAUUCAAAUAUGUAUUAUUUUAAUACUUUAUAAGUAUGAUUGUAGUCUUCUGGACCCAUUACCAAAGCAGAGUCAUCUCCACGUGGUGGGUGUCCCCCAGCCAGAAGGACAGUGCCGAAUUGAAUAUAAACAGAGACGUGACGUUUGCCAGGACCCAAGAGAGCCAGGGCCUUCUGGAGGAGCCACGCCACCAGCCACUCACCUGGCGUCUGGCCAGCACAAGGGGUGAUGUCACCCCACACACACUAACCUGACCCAUAACAGCCAUUCAGAAUAACAAAGUUACUGAUUUCUAGAAACUUCUUUUGUUUACAUCUCUCUUAGUUACCUUUCUCUUGCUGAGACAAAAUACCUGACACCCAAAAUUAAGGAAGGAAAGGUUUAUUUAGCUCCAGU